AUGCCAGCACUAAUAACUUUCGAUCACCUAACUCCUGUUCAAAGCAUCAUUUCCUGUGCUCUUUUAGCCGUACUAUACGUUUGCAGCUUAUACGUUUGGAAAAAUAGCACCGACAGAGAUGAUCCUCGGGUUAUCAAGAAAAGGUUUAUUAGUGUUCUGAUUGUUUCUAUUCUAUCACCUAUUUAUGUUUGGUGGUGGUCAACACCUGCUAAAGAUGCCGAGGGUUAUACUAUAGGGGUUUGGUUGGGAUUGCGAAUUGAUAAUAUCAUUCUUGCAACGAUACUUCCUCUAUUAUUAACUACGGCACCAUUUACAGAGGAAUUUGUAUAUCGUGCAUGUAUGCUGCCGAUACUAUUUUCUCAAUUCGGAUUCACAAUGGCAAUACUAAUUUGCCCAUUAAUGUUUGGCUUAGCUCAUCUUCAUCAUUUGAUUGAAAGAAUUAUAAGGAAAGAUAGCUCUCUUAGUAACGCUAUUGCUAUUACAGGCCAUAUAAUUGGCCCAAUUGUGUGCCAUGCAUUUUGCAACAGUAUGGGAUUUCCAACAUUUAGCGAUAUUGACUAUUGUAGAUACCCUAAAUUAAUUUGGACCGCCUAUAUUGUUGGUUUAGUAAUGUUUGUCAUACUUUUAUUUCCAUUAACUAAUCCUGAUUACUACCAAAGUCUUUAUAGGAAUAUUGCUAACAAUAAAUAG